AUGCCACCAAAGAGAAUUGCAGUGAUUGGUGCUGGGGUCAGCGGAUUGGGUGCCAUUAAGAUCUGUCUGGAGGAAGGACUGGAGCCCACCUGUUUUGAAGGAAGCCACGACAUUGGAGGACUGUGGCGCUACGAGGAGAAGGCUAAGAGUUGCAGGCCGAGUGUCUAUGAAUCUGCCACUAGCAACACUUCAAAGGAGAUGACAGCCUACAGUGAUUACCCGUUUCCCGAUCACUUCCCCAACUACUUGCACAAUUCUAGAAUCAUGGAGUACCUCAGGAUGUAUGUACAACAUUUUCACCUACUGAAGCACAUCCAGUUUCUGUCAAAGGUGUGCAGCGUGAGGAAGCGCUCCGACUUCUCUUGCACAGGACAGUGGGAUGUCAUAGUUGAGACUGCAGGAAAGCAGAAAUCCUAUGUCUUUGAUGGGAUUAUGGUGUGCAGUGGCCUUUACAGCGACCCCAUCUUGCCACUCCAGAACUUUCCAGGAAUCAAGAGGUUCAAAGGUCAAUAUAUUCACAGCUGGGAAUACAAGAAUCCAGAGAAAUUUCGGGGGAAGAAAAUCAUUGUGGUCGGCAUUGGAAAUUCUGGAACUGAUUUGGCAAUUGAGCUCAGUCACGUAACUUCACAGGUGUUUCUCAGCACAAGGCGGGGUGCGUGGAUUUGGAACCGGGUCUGGGAUAACGGAAUGCCUGCAGACACUGUUCUCUUCACUCGUUUUAAUGCUAUCCUCACCAGAUUUUACCCUACAUUCUUAAUCAACAGAUGGUCAGAGAAUAAAUUAAAUGCUCGAUUUAACCAUGAUGUUUAUGGUUUGCUACCUCAACACAGAUUUCUGAGCCAUCAGGCUACUUUCAGUGAUGAUCUACCCAAUCACAUAAUAUCUGGAAGAAUUCAGAUAAAACCCAAUGUGAGAGAGUUCACGGAGACAUCUGCCAUCUUUGAAGAUGGCACAGAAGAGGACCUCGAUGUUAUCAUUUUUGCCACAGGAUAUACUACUUUCUCUUUCCCCUUUUUGGAAAAUAAUUCAACAGUUCUGGACAGCCACCGCUCCAUGUUUAAAUUUGUCUUUCCUCCUCAACUAGAGAAACCAUCCCUAGCUUUCAUCGGCAUCCUCCAGCCAGUGGGAGCCACCAUGCCCACAUCAGAGCUCCAGAGUCGAUGGGCUGUCCGUGUAUUCAAGGGAUUGAACAAAUUACCUUCGGUGAGUGACAUGAUGGAUGACAUAAGAAAGAAGAGAGAAAAAAUUGAAAAAGAAUUCCUGAAUAAUCCUCGUGACACAUGCAGAGUGCAGUACGUGGAUUACAUGGAUGAAAUUGCCUCUGAGAUAGGAGUGAAACCCAACGGGCUCUCGCUCUUCCUGUGGGAUCCUAAACUGGCUAAGGAAAUUUUCUUUGGACCAUGCACGCCUUACCAGUACCGCCUGCAGGGGCCAGGGAAGUGGGCUGGGGCCCGGAGAACCAUCCUGACCCAGAGAGAGCGGAUCAUCAAGCCACUGAGGACUCGUACCCUCAGCCAUGACCAGCCCCCAUACUCUGUGUCAUUUUGGCUUAAAAGUAUCUGUGCUGUUCUUCUCUUUGUUCUCACUUUAAUCAUUAUUAAAGGAUAA